AUGGCUGCCGCUGCCGCGCCGGCUGGUCCGGCAACGUCGACCUUUGGCCUCGAACCCAACGGCGCCCAACACGACCGGGCAGAUCCACCGGAAAUCGAGGACCGGCAGACGCACAGCGAGGAUGCGACACCGCACGAUCUCGUCGAUCCCGCCACGCUGACGACGCGCUCCUCGGUGCUGCAGGCACUGGCGGAGCUCUCAACCUACUCGGCCUCGCUCGAGGACGAGCUGGUGUCGCUGUUCGAAGAGUCGCUGCCCGUCAUCGACGAGGCCAAGCGCAACGUGGCCAGCGUGGCGCCCCAGGUCGAGCUGGUCAAAGAGGAGGCCUACGUGCUCGAUCGCCGCCUCCAGGAGUCUGCGAGCGUCGCGAAACGCAUCAGCGAGCGCGUUCGCCUGCUCGACGAGGAGCGCAAGAGGAUCGCUCUCGCCACGGAAUGGGCUGUCAAGGUGGCCGAGCUCAAGGAUGCCCUGCUCUCCCUCGCGGCCGCCGUCGAACGACGAGACUGGGACCAGGCGACGACGCACUGCAUCAAGGCCAUGUCGAUCGAUCCGGCAAUCACAUCCUCCAAGUUCGCCGCAGCCGUCAUCCCCACUGCGGAGCUGCCCGAGGCUCCGGAUGCCACGCUGCUGGCGCUGCGGCAGGCGAUGCUGUCGGCCUUCACCGAGUCUUUCCGUCGCGCCACCGAGUCCAAGGAUCAGGCCGAGGCGAGCCGCUUCUUCAAGCUGUUCCCGCAGGUGGGCUGGAAGCAGGAGGGCCUCGACGUCUACAGCUCCUUUGCAAAGACCAUGGUCAGGGAGCGCGGAAGGGCCAUUGGAGAGAGCCUCGGCAGUGGCAAAGCGCAAUCACCCACCUACUUCGCGCUGCUGCUGACCGGCCUGUUUGAGCACCUCGCCACUCUGAUCGACAUGCACCAACCUGUCGUCGACCGCCACUAUGGGCAGGGCAACUUCGGCCACGGCGUCAUGCCAGGGUUGCAGGACGAGUGCGAUCGCCUCGGGCUGCGCGUCCUCGAUGCCUGGCACGAGGACCGCGGGAUCAAGCGCAAGCUGGACGAGGUCAACAGCCACCGCUUCGUUGGCGGGGCGGCGGCGGCGGCGGCGGCCAAGUCGCCACCUCCGGCGUUCCGUCCUGCGUUCGGGGUGCCCGGCCGCACCGCCAGCCCGGCCGGAGGGCGAACAGCAUCGAGCUCCAUCGACGACCCCUCUGGACCCGACGGGAGGGAGAUUGACCGCAUUCUCAACGAGCUGGCCGCGAUAGGGUCAAGAUGGGGCCUAUACCGGCGCUUCCUCCAGGAUCGGCUACAGGUCCCUGACGGCAACCAUCAUGACGGCCGGCAAAGGAGCCUGGCAGAAGAGAGGAAGGCACAGGCCUCUGAGCCGCUCAAGGACUUUCGCCGCCCGUCCGUCUCGUCGCCGCGACUUUCGCUCGACGGAGCGCCGACAGGUGCCGGACAAGCCGAUAGAGACAGCUUCGAGGCCGUCGAGAUGCGCGACAUUGCGGCCGAGUCGCAGCUGGGCAAGCAGGUCGACGAGGCACUGGCGACGGUCUAUACGACCAUGGAGACGUGGUACCUGCGCAACAGCCUGGAAAAGGCUUUCCGCAUCGACCAGCCGGACCUGCAGGCGCGGCCGUACACCUCGUCGAUCCUCGACGACGCCUUCUACGUGCUACGGACUGUGCUCGGCCGCGUGCUGUCGACGGCCUCGCUGCGCACCGUCAGCGCCAUGUUCCGCACGGUCCGCAGCGUGGUCGAGGAGGACUUUAUCGAGGCCAUCGUGCGCAAGAUGGAGAAUACGUGGCGAAGCGUCAGCGGCAGCAUGGCGGUCGACGGUCCGCGCAAGGAGGCGGCGACGAGGGAGAUGCGGACCGUGUUUGUCACGUACCUCAACGUGCUCGACAUCUCGGCGCAGUACAUGGAUCGCGUGCUGGGCGAUGUCGGCAACGAGCAGAGCCUGGCGCGCAUCUAUGGCGGCGACGAGCUCGAGCAGACGCUCGCCAUUGUCCACAGCCUCGGCUCGCUCGUCAACCGACUCAAGUCUGGACUGCGAACCGAGAUUGACCAGCUGUUUACACAGAUCACGCGCCCACGCCUCCGCGCCAUUCUGACGGAGGCGUACCGCGACACGAGCUAUGUUCUGGACGACGAAGGGUACGCCGACGCCGAGGACCGGGACCUGGUGAGGCGACGCUUCAUCAAGGGGUGGGAGCACGUCUUCCACGCUUUCAAGGGCAUCUUUACCGAGUCCAACCACAAUACCUACGUCAACAUGGCCCUCGAUGCGCUGCUCAAGCCGUGGGAAGGCAUGGUGAUGGGCAUGCGCUUCUCAGAGCUGGGAGCGCUGCGAUUCGACAAGGACAUCCGCGGCAUCUCGACCUUCCUCGCGUCGCAGACCAGCCUGCCCGUGCGCGAAAAGUUUACGAGGCUGCAGCAGAUCUCCUACGUCAUCAACCUGGACGCUACGGAAGACGAGGGAGACGUCUACCAGAAUGCCGUGUCGAGCGGCAUUUCGUGGCGCCUGUCUGCGGCCGAGGUCAAGAGCAUUCAGGCUCUUCGACUCUGA